GUGAACGGCCUCAGGAGGGCUGGUUUUGAUUGACUGUGAUUGCAGAAGUAAGAUUAUAAAGUUUUGACUGCGCAGAUGAUGCUAGCGGUGCACGGUGUUAUUUUAACUGCUCGGUUUAAGUAACUUGUAUAAGCAUGUAUUCUUAAACUUUUCCUUAUUCCAGGACGUUUUGAAAGGAAACACAAGUGCACUUGAAGUUGUUACACUCGGUAGGUUAAGAAAGGUGGUUUAUAAUGAGUAAAUAAUACUACAAGGGAGACGUAAAAUUCUAUAAGCAUGAGAAAAACAAGAUGAACUGUUUUAAAGGAUGCAGAGGUCGGAUUGGUGAAUUUGUAAAGUGAACAGCAUUUGCUUGAGUGCAGGAUCACAGAUGUCUGUGUGGUGAACUGUGCGCCGCUUGCAGGCUUUGUUGCCUGCAAUAAGACGAGAACUCGAGCUGCCACUGAAGUCAAGAAAAUGGCCCAAAGAUUUUGGUUGAAAAUCUGCUGCCGUAGGAGGUCUGUGGUUGCCUUCAUCUUUCUUUUCACCUUAUCUGUGGUGAUGAUAAAUAACUUUCCAUCUUUCCCUGCCGAGAGCUACAGCCUGUCACAACGAGAGCGUCGUGCAGGCGCCGCUGGGCGGAAGGGAAACUUGAGGAAACGAGCUUCAGUGCCCUUCCAUGUUCUACCUCUGAAUCAUAACCAUGGAGACUGGGAAUCUGGCAAGAGAAAAGAGCCAGUCGAGCACUUAGCAGAUGAGACACAUGAACACCAGCCAAGUAAUAAUAAGGAAGGCUUACAAAAGAAGGAUAAAAUGCACAUUUCUGAGAGAGCCUCUCUAGAAAUUCCCAAGAGAGCUGCAGCUGCAGAAAUGACGAAGAUGAAAGUAAAGGCAAGCACCUUGGACUCUAAAGGAAAACGGCAAACUCCACAAUCCCCAUUUCAUGCAAGGGGCAAGCAGGGAAAUAAACACCUUCAGGAAGACAGAAAAUACCAGAACCCCCAUGUUCCAGUGCGCGUUUCUCCUCCGAGUCGCGUCUUCCCAGGUACAGCUCAAUCUGCUUUGCAAAACCUCUCGGAGAGCCUGGGGUUGUUAAAAGACAAAUGCAUACCAGAUGCACAUGGUAAUGCUGGCAAGGCAGAGAAAUUUCUUAUCCCUCUAUUGGCUAAUGGAAAUCUGGCUUCCCGAAAUAUUAGGAAACGCAAAACAGAGUCCAAGCCAGGGCAGGCGAAGGGGCCGUUCUUGUCGGGUCAGAGGCGGGACGCGUCUAGAGUAACGGCUGACGCCAGCAGCCAGGCGCUGGGCCCUUGGUGUGAGCAGGUGGAAGAAGACGCUUUCCCAGACGAUGUUAAGGACACUGUCAGAACUGCAGGUCGCCCCCCGCCUUGGCUCAGCCAGGACGACCUCAGGAAGAUGGAGCUGCUUGCCGAUGGUGUGGUGGCCAGCAGAGCUCGGGUCCCUGCCCACGGACAAGUGCUGAAGAUUGGGCUCCAGCAGAACGCUUCCCAAGCACCUGGGGGACGUGACCGACUGUGCCAGGAUGGCCUCUGUGCCCUGAUAAAGCGUCCAGAGGACUGGUUUGAAAUCUUUGCCUUCCAUCUGGACAGGGUUCUGGGGCUAAACAGGAGCCUACCCGCCGUCGCCAGGAACUUCCACAGUGCGCUUCUUCCGUACAGGUUUACAAGUGGGGUUGCCAGGCCUGUAAUCUGGUGGGACCCUGACAUCCAGCAUCUGGCUGAUGACGACAACGACCAGAACUCCUUCCCCCUCACGUGGCUGCAGUACCAAGCUCUGUUGAAGAAGAAGUGUGGGAAUAAAAACCCAGCAAGUUUCACACCCUGCGUUGGUGUCCGGGACUCCGAGUGGGGCAAGCUUGCCAUUUUUGAUUUUCUGUUACAGGUGAAUGACCGGCUGGACCGCUACUGCUGUGGAUUUAAACCGGAUCCUUCAGAACCUUGUGUGGAAGAACUGCUUCAUGUGAAGUGCAGAAACCCCAAAGAACUUGCACUGGUGCACAUCUUGGUGAGAAAGGCCGACCCUUCGCGGUUGGUCUUCAUUGACAAUGCCGGUAGACCUUACCAUCCCCAGGGCAACCUCAACUUCCGACUUUUAGAAGGCAUUGAGGAGAUUCCUGAAGGCGCAGUGUCUAUCCUGAGGUCUGGGUGCUUACAGAGCAUGCUCCUGCGCUCUCUGUACACGGACAAGGAAUUCUGGGAGAGCCAGGGAAGACUCAAGGGACUAAAGCAACUCAUCCACACUGUGGAGAAGCGAGGAAAGUUACUGCUUCAGUACAUUAAGGACAAGAACCUGAAACUUGGGAAAGAUUUUUAAAAACAGGAUUAUAUAAAGUCCCCUGAAACAUACUGACUUAUUGCUUACGUGGACUGUAUCUCCAGACAUCCGUUCUCCAAUCAGGUUGUGAUUGUCUCUCCAUGAGACGCUCUCUUAUCACUUUUGCAGGCAUUCAAUAAGUGGGAACCGAGUAAGAGUACCCUAACAUGCAAGAGACAACAUAACUAUUCUUUCUGUUGAAACAAGCUAUAAAGUUAUGUACUGUAUAUAAUACAAGAUCAAGAAGCAUUCCUGGCAUGUAAGUACAAUAUAUAAUUCAGAAGUUGUUAGCCUUGGUGCUUUAGUUCCAUCCCACUACAAGCCUUCUAAUAAAUUAGUAACUGGUGUGAGAUUAUUAAAGCUUGAGAUUUGACUUUAAUAAUUAAGGGUUGGUGGGAGGAAAGACAUUCAGUGGAAGGGCAUCAAAGGGCCAAGGUUGGCUACCUGAAUACCUGCCUGUGAACUCGCACACCUGUGGUUGAGCUUUUUCACACAGAAAUUCCUGAAAACUUGUUUUUUUCUGAGAAACUCUGUGCACAUAAUUGUCCCUAUGCAUUUAAUUUGAUGAUGCAGUAUGUAUUUUAGGAAUAUAUGAUUAUCAUUUAUAAUAUGCUUCUGAAGUUUACUAAUCAUUUGUACAUUUCCACAGUUGUACAGUUAGGGGGAUUCUUCAGAGUUGUACUGUACUUGAAUUCUUUAAGGGGGAACUGUAACACUAUUUUGAUGUUUUGGCGUUAGAAAGAAUCCACAUUGAUGAGUAUAUUUCAAACCACAAUGAAAGUAAAAUGUAAUCUGUAACGUGUAAAAGCUCAAAAUACAUUACAUUUCCAGGUAGCCAUAGUGCCAUAUUCCCAUCGUCUGCGGUUCAGAACGACGCAACAAAACUUUGCACUGUUAUCAAGCAGGCUUGUGAAAACAUCUCUCGGUGUCCCCGAGAUUUAAUAACGGGUCUGAGGAAUUGGGACUGCAGUUCUCCUUUAAUUUUAAUUUGUAUUUGAUGCAUCAUUGUCACUGCAGUUUACACACAAUUGUUUACCAGAAGUGGUAAAUGAUUUUUUUUUUCAAAGGGCAGUGUAACAGAAGCAUCAGUCCUUGGAGUGAAUGCUGGCUGACCUUAUGAGUGGCUGUGGGGAACUAAGGUGCACCACGAAUGAAUAACCCCCUGGUUAUUUACUCCAGGCCUCUUCUGAAACAUUUACUUGAAAUAAAACUUAAAUCUGUGUCCAGAUGUUAAACUAGGCACACUUUAAUUUACCCUGAACACGUUCAGUGUUCUGUAAUGGCAUACCUGGUCUAAAAGAUCAUGAUCAAAGAUCAAGUAAAUGUUUGUGUCUGUUCAGUGAGCUUUUAUGUUUGUAGUGUAACUACAAAACGUGGUUAAAAAAAAAUCAGAUCUUAAUAGGUUAUGUCUUAUGUCCUAUCAAAUGUCAAAUGUAGAAUAGAAUAUGAAAUUCCACCAAGUACUUCUUUAUGGUAUGUAGAUGAAACAGACCGUAGCAUUGCCUGUAUUGAGAAUUAAAAAUCUGAACAGGACUUCAAUAUUACAGUUGAGCUAACUAUUUCUUCUUAUUGUGAUUCAUUUUGUUGAAGGAAAAUACAGGCUGAUUUUCUAAUUUUCUGUUAAGCUGCAGGAACAAAAAUACCUCUAAAUAAUGAAAUCUUGAAAAAGAUAUCCCUGUUGUCAACAUACAUGUAUACUAUAUAUAUAUAUUUAUGUCUCCUAGCUUUUAUAAGAAUUCCAAAAGAUAUCAAUAAUGCAUUGCAGCUUCUGGCAUGAGGUGAUUAUAGAUUCUGACACCACAGCGAGGAACUCUCCUAGCCUUUACACCAGAACCUCUUGCAAUACACAGAGUAGAGCAGUUUUAACUACAGGCUGGCUUAUGCUGUUAAUACACAAUUUAUGAUUGACUAUUCUAUGUGUCUUUUGUUUUUCAGCAUGUGUAGGAAACACUUAUUCCUUCUAUUUAAUGCAAGUAAUUAGGUAGGUUAACAGACCCCUCACAGCAGUUAUCUUUAAGAUCAUUGAUCCAUUUUUAUAUUUGUUAUUUUAGCCUUUACCAAAACUGAUUUAUUUAAAAAAUAUGGCUACUUAUAUGAUAGGUACAUAGAGAAUACCAAGGUUUCUCCAAAGACUCGCAACUUGUCUUGAUUACUUUGUUUUUAUUUGUUGCUCUGCUUUAUUUUAUUUUUUAGUAUUUUAAGUGCAAAAUAUAUUUUGGGGGUGGAGUUUAUAUUUAUAAAAUAAGAGAUACUUAUAAAUGAUAUUGUAGCUGGAAAUGAUGAUGAACAAAGAUUAAUGAAACUGUUUUAGUUUCUCUUCUCAUGAAAAUGUAAAGACAAAAGUUGUAGGCAUCAGGCAAGGAACUAUUCUCAUGGUUUAGAAAAGAGCCAAGAAACUGACUGUGAGUAAUAAUUGCAUAUCUGUGUACUAAUGCAUCUGAAGACAUCAAAGCACAUAUUUCCAUCUGGCCUAUUUUGUUACAGGAAAUAUUUUCAGUGAACUGGUUACAACUGAGCCUUGAAAAUUUACGAAGAGUUGUAGUACAAAACUGAACUUUGUUGCUUGUUGUGUUUUUAGGUAAGGGCCCAUAAACACUGCAGGGACUGGCAGUGAACUGCAAAUGAGAAACAGAUGGUGUUCCUGUGGUUAGGGAAAUGUCAGGAUGGCACCACUGUAUGUUGGCUGCAUGUGCGCGUGGUAGAUAUUCCAAAAUUAAUCUUUCACAAACUACAGAUUGCUCUUAAAUUUGCAUUCCAAAGGCCUCUUGGAUGAAGGUUUGUUUAGCUGGAAACUUAGAGGAGUGUUUUAGCUUUUCUGGCAUAAAGCACAGCUUUGCUUUGGGCAGAUGCAAGUUAGCAAUGGCAAAGAAGGAGUUUUAGACAAAGCAUCGAUAACUCAAUGUAAAUUUCUUAAGAAUUGUUACUUGAAUUCUGAAAUGGAAAUAAUUUCUGAGUGCUUUUAACUCUUAAACAUGGGAAAGUUUUUUUUCUUCUUGGUGUCUGGAACACACAUUCCAUAUGGUGUCUGGAACACACAUUCCAUUCUGUGGUCUCUGGAAGGUUUUCAUGGUUCACAGCCAAAUAGACAGCAGCUUUUACCACUUGCAUUCAUCAUUUCAGACUAUUCUUUCCGGUAAAGAAUGUUCCUGAGGUGUUUCAGCUGUGUACAAGACUGCAGAGAGAGGGGAUAACCUCACUGCUGUAGAUUUGAAACCAAGGUAUUACAAAAAUGGGUAUAUAACUGUCCUUUAAACAAAAGGAGCAGGACUAUUAUCAAAGCCCUCUUUCCAAAAGCGCUAAUUUCUCUGUCGAUCCCACCUUUUCUUGUGUCCCUUCCUGGGGAAUGAGCAAGAGGCCAUCAGGACACUAACCCAUCAGACGCCAGCAGCAGUAGAAAAUCUCACACCCCUGAGAGAUAAUGCAUUUAUGUACCUUUUCACAGUUUAUAGAAGCGUAAUUCUACUGUUAAAUUGACAGAGGUGUCAUACUAAAGACAAUUCAACUACUUUUUGGUCAAGGCCCAUCACAGGAUAAAAGUUACAUUUAUAUUGUCUAAACUGCUAACCCCUUGUUUACAUUUGUGCAUCUUUUAAUUUGGAACACUUUUCAUUUUUCAGAACAUGAACAAUAAAUUCAUUUUAAAAUGUCGGUUUGUAUGUUAUCGGUUUUAAAGGACUCAUUGUGUGGCACCUGUUCACGAGAAAACAUUCUUUAAAGCAGACAAUUACAGUAUCUCGGCUAGCUUUUCUGGCAGAAGAAGUGUCCAUCAGCCAGUCCUGUUCCUGGCGUGACUUGAAAGCAGCUCCUGAGUAAACACCAUCAUACCCUAACUACCUGGAACAGACGAGCCCCACAAUUAAUUGGUGUUAAAAUGUCUUGUCAAAAAUAGAAU